GUGCACCGAGUGAGGGGUGAAGAAAGCGCUCUUGUGGAGCUGGCUGCCCGAAACCCAGAGCCUGUGCCCCGGGCCCUGCAGUGGUUCGCUGCCCCAAGCACGGAUUUCCCAUUGUGCAUAUCCAUCCGCCAGGAGCCGAACCCCACUUUUGGGGCUGCCUCUAUGAUCCUGACUGCCGGCAUGGCGUGCCCCCUGGAGAAGGCCCUCGAUGUGAUGGUGUCCACCUUCCACAAGUACUCAGGCAAGGAGGGUGACAAGUUCAAGCUCAACAAGUCUGAGCUAAAGGAGCUGUUGACCCGGGAGCUGCCCAGCUUCUUGGGGAAAAGGACAGAUGAAGCUGCAUUCCAGAAGCUGAUGAGCAACCUAGACAGCAACAAGGACAACGAGGUGGACUUCCAGGAGUACUGCGUCUUCCUGUCCUGCAUCGCCAUGAUGUGCAACGAGUUCUUCGAAGGCUUCCCCGAUAAGCAACCCCGGAAGAAAUGAAGUCUCCUCAGAUGUGCGGGGUGGGGCCUGCCAGCUGGGGUCUUCCCUGUUGGCGGUGGGCACAGCGCCUCACACUGGCUCCUCCAGAUGUGAGCACGAUACUAAACAAGUUCAAUAAAGAUUCUUGAAAGCUA